GAUUACUUAUUUCAGAUUAUUGACUAUUGUUAUUUACUUUUAGGGGCUAGCGAAACUCUAAUAUGCUAAUUCAAAUAGUUAACAAUCACCAAAAAUGAUUCAAGCUUGUGUGUUUUGCCUGUCACAACAUAGGGAUCUACUAAUAAUUGAUGAAUCGCUGUACCUCACUCUGUAUCCAAAUUUUAAAGAAGAAAACAUCGAAUACAUAAAUUACUUACAAGCAGAAAAUUUGCUGAAACUAUGCUGGGAAUGUCACGGAAGAAUUUCCAAUUUCAAAACAUUCUUACAAGCAGCAGACAGAAGUUUAAACAAUUUGAAAAUGUUCAUGGCUUUUCCUUCAGGGGAUCUACCAAAGUCAGAGUCAAAGCUGCAAAUCACUACCGUAGAUUCCAUAGACAUAGCCCCGUCUGUACCUCCACUGUUGCCACCUAAAGCAGAACAGAAUGUUUGUAAUGCAGACAACAUCAUUGAUGAAUCUAGAGGACAAGAGUUGAAUGAAAAUGGUGUAAGUGUUACAAUUGUCAAACUUGAAAUCACCCCGGAUAUUGAUAACUUUAACAGAGAUGACAAUGAUGAUAGUGAUAUGGAAACCUCCCCUGAACAAUCAGAGACACAAGGCUCAGUUCUUCAUUCAGUAAGUACUAUUACCAGUUUACAAACAAAAGACCUAUAUAAAAAAAUUAAAUUUUCUACUACUCAAUUACAGAUAGUUACAAAUCUUUCUUUUGAAACUACUAAAGAGACAUAG